AUGCGGAUCGAGCACUUCGACCUCGUCCUCGACAGAAACCUCGACACGCCCUAUGUAGGGGGCGAUCGCAUCAAGGGCGAGAUCACGAUCCACGCGGCGCGUCCCGUCAAGGUGGCCGGGCUGCACGUACGGCUGUUCGGGUUGGCCGAGACGGGUUGGUACAACAAGAACAGCGAGCUCUCGUUCGAGAGCCGCGAGACGGUGCUCGAUGAGCCGAUCGACCUCACCGUCGAGAUUUUCGAGCACUGCAACCCCGAGUACGAGCUGCACGACGGGUUGCACAAGAUUGACUUUGAGGCGCAGCUUCCCCUCGACGUCGUCUCAUCCGUGGAGCGCGAGGGGUACGGCAGCGUGCGGUACACGUGCUCGGCCGUGCUCCAUCUCCCCGAGGACGGCGGCAGUGAAUUCAUAUCAGAAAAGACAUUCAAAGUGUGGUCGUUGCUCAACCUGGACGCGCCGUAUCUGCGCGAGUCGACGUCGGUCACCGAGGAAGAGGAGUUGCGGGGCUGUUGUGGGCGGAAAAAGGGCAUGCUGACGGCAACGAUGCAGGUGGAGGAAGUCGGGCUUUUGCCAGCAAAUCGAUUUCGUGUCCCGGAAUCGCUACGAGACCCACCUGUCCGACCGGCGAUCGAUUACGAUAGCUGUCGAUACACAUGGUUCCUGCAAAGCGGCGCCGGGCAAAGGGCCCGAGACCAAAGUGAUCGACUUUACAAUUCCCAG